CUCACCUCCCACCCUCGCCUCCUCCUCUCCCCCGAUUUCCUCACCGCCCGCUGGCGCUACGGCGGCGCCGAACCUCCGCCGAACCCUCAGCGCUUCACCUCCGCCCCGUGCGUCCUCGGCAACCCCGGCUUCACCGGCGGCCGCCACACCUGGACCGUCUCGGUGGCCGAGGGCCCGUUCUGCGCCGUGGGCGUCAGCCGCGAGUCGGUGCCGCGCCGAAUCCCGGCGGCGUCGGCGUCCUUCGGCCCCGCCGCCGGCGUUUGGGCCGUGCAGCGCUGGGGCGCCGUCGGGCGGGCGCUGACGGAGCCGCCGACGGCGCUGGCGGCGCCGCGGGUGCCGCGCCGGCUGCGCGUGGCGCUGGACUACGAGGGCGGGCGCGUGGCGUUCUUCGACGGCGACGGCCGCGGCGCCGCGCCGCUCUUCGCCUUCCCGGCCGCCGCCUUCGGCGGGGAGCGCCUCCGGCCUUGGUUCUGGGUGGAGCUGGGGGAGAUCUCCAUCGUGCGGUGA